AUGUUAUUUGCUCGAGAUAAUAUCGUCCUGUACCUCAUGCAGCUGAUAGCACUGGAAGUCUCCUACAUUGUCCUCGGGCUGGACAGCGUGCACAUCAAGGUGCCGAUGGCGGUGCCACUCGGGACGAGUGCGACCCUCGUCUGCGAGUGCGACCUGUCGGACGAGGACCUCUACUCGGUCAAGUGGUACAAGGGGAAGCACGAGUUCUUCCGCUACACCUCGAAGGAGAUACCGUCGAUCAAGAUCUUCCCGAAGGCCGGCAUCAGCGUGAACGUGAACCUCUCCAACGCCAGCCAUCUGGUGCUGGACGGUAUCGAGCCGCUAAGCAGUGGCCGGUACAGCUGCGAGAUAACCGAGGCGGCCCCGUCGUUCCACACGAAGAUUGCCACCCGGACGAUGCACGUGGUCGACCUGCCGGUGGCCGGUGGCCCUCGGAUCGACGACAUGAAAUCCUACUACGGCGCGGACGAGUUCCUCGAGGUGAAGUGCAUCGCCGGGGCGUCCUUGCCGGCGGCCAAACUAACGUGGCUAAUCAACGACCGGCCGCUCCUGCAGCCGCUGGUGGCCCCGUCGCGGUUGGAGUCCGUCACGCUGCCGGCCACUGCCGAGCCGCCGUCCGGCGAGCUUUCCACCGCCAGCAGUGCGGACAACCUUAGCAAUAGUAGCAAGCGGUACAGUGGUAAGAAAAAGGUGCCACUGAAGUCUUCCUCCCAGCAGCACCACCACCACCAGCAGCCGGAGCCGUUCGAACUGGUUGCCCCGGGCGAGGGUGAAGAGAGUUCCAGCACAAGGCCACGGCGAAUGGCGCUGGCUACGUCCCAGGCAAACUUGGUGAUGCUUGGUGCGGUGGCUCCAACGUUGAGCUCCAGCCUCGUGGCGAGGACUGUGGCCGGCAACACAUCGGUGGCCGGUGGGAGUGAAACGCGAAAGGCCACGACGACAAGCCAGCGCUACGAGAUCGCCGUGUCGCAUCUGAAGCUGCUUUCUAGUGUGGAGUGCAUCGCGCGUAUCUUCGAUCUCUACGAGCGGUCGGCGGUCGAGACGGCGGACGAGAACUAUCCCCAGGUGCGGGUGCUCUCCAACAGCGACAACGGUGUGCACUUUUCCUUCAUGAGCGACAAGGACGAAGCAUCCUCGUCGGCAGCUCGUCACUCACCACCGACGCUGGGGUGGAUCCUUGAAGGUGCGGCCCAGUUCGCGAGCUUCAUCGCUUCGCGAUCACCAUUCCCGUUGGCCUGCAGGACAUCUUUACCCACCGUCUGGAGCGAGGCUCGUUACUUUGGCUAA